AAAAUCUUUAAAACAAAUCCUCUGCACCAAAAAACUUAAAAAGGGGGAAAAGAAAGAGAGCUAAACACACUCACCUUUGUUGUGUUGUGGCAAACGGAAACAGAAACCCUCAAAGAUGAAGAACGGCAACACCAAGCUGAUUCUUCUCCACCCUUACAUCCAAAAACAAGGCAGCUCCAACCGGCUAUGGCUUCUCACCUUCAUGUCCUUGUCCACCCUCGCCUUUCUCCUCACAAUCAUUUACACCAGCGGAUUGUAUGCAUAUUCGACAGCAACUACAACCACCACCACAACCGCCAAUAUAGCCGCCGCCACUAUAACCGCCACCAACGCCCCAAUGCCGACCACCGUGAUCAACACGCUCCUCCACUACGCGUCGAAAUCAAACGACACGUUCAAAAUGUCAUACUCCGAGAUCAAACCCAUCUCGGACGUACUGAGAAAAUGCUCCUCCCCUUGUAACUUCCUGAUCUUCGGCCUCACCCACGAGACCCUUCUCUGGAAAGCCCUAAACCACAACGGCCGGACCGUCUUCAUCGACGAGAACCGCUACUACGCCGCCUACAUGGAAGAAAAGCACCCGGAAAUCGACGCCUACGACGUUCAAUACACCACCAAGACUAGAGAGAUGUCCGAGUUGAUCAAAGUCGCCAAAGAACAGAUCAGAAACGAGUGCCGGCCGGUUCAGAAUCUGUUGUUCUCGGAAUGCAAGCUCGGAAUCAAUGAUCUUCCGAACCAUGUCUACGAAGUCGACUGGGACGUGAUCUUGAUCGACGGGCCCAGAGGAGACUGGCCCGACUCGCCGGGCCGCAUCUCUCCCAUUUUCACCUCCGGCGUUCUGGCCCGGAGCAAAAAGGGCGGGAGCGGGAAGACACACGUGUUCGUUCAUGACUUCAGGAGGGACGUGGAGAGGGUCUGUGGGGAUGAGUUUCUGUGCAGAGAAAAUUUGGUGGAGGAGAGUGAGACGCUGGGGCAUUAUGUGAUGGAGAGGAUGGAGGAGACCAGCUUCCAGUUCUGCCGCAACAACAACCGUGAAGUGACGUCAUCAACGUCGGCGGCGGCAAAUAAUUCUUCUUCUUCUUCUUCGUCCUUGUCUCAGUAAUUGUGGGUAUGGAUUUGUGGUAGCAAUAACGAUCGUCUAUACAGAUUCGUCACAAGCGUUAUUGGAUAUGUGGCAUUGGCGCCAUGUGGAGGUAAAAUGUGUACGUUGGGUUGUAUAUUUAUGGUCCCUUUUGAUUUUUAGAAAUUUUUCUGUUUUUGUUGUGGGGUGGGGGGAGGUGUAAAAAAUAAUUCUUUUUUUUUGGCAAUCCAAAAGUGUAAUUUUUCCACACUGAAAUGAAAAUAUAAGUUUCAGUUUAUGAA